CAUUGAUUUGCAAUUAUUAGUCACUGCUGUUACAAAGCUGCAUGUUUCACCUUUUUUGGCUUUCUUACAUUUGAAAGAUAUGUCGAAGGGAACAUUCAGAAUGAAAUGGUCCUUUUGCCAGAUUCAUCAGUCUUGGCCUUUAUGGUAAUCAGCUGCUGGCUCCUUGAUUCCCACUAAAAAACUUUUUCACUGUUGGGAGCCCUCUGAUCCUACAACCUAGGAAAAAGGUUACUGGUGAUGCACGCAGUUGCUUCAGACCUUUCCUACUGCAAUGUUCUUACUUUCCUUGGACCAAGAGUAAAGAAGACUUUGCAUGGUAUCAGCACGGAUGCCUUUCUUCCUCCUCUCCUUUAAUCCCCACAAUAUUAAACAACCUUCACAGAAGUAUAAAUCCAUCUGCGCAUCCCUUGUCAUCUACACAACGGGAAGGAGAUCAAGAACGUCAGGCCAAGCUUCUCGAAGUAAGAAUCUCAAAACGAGGAGAUCAAGAAACCUUAGAGCAAUCUGGUCGACAACAGAUCAUGGGUGUUCUUGGUACCCUUGCUAGAAAUCUGGACGCCCUUGUCGGGCCAGGGAUCAUGCUGCUUUAUCCUCUGUACGCGUCCAUGCGCGCCAUAGAGAGCCCUUCUUCCCUGGACGAUCAGCAGUGGCUCACCUACUGGGUCCUGUACUCCCUGAUCACCCUCUUCGAGCUCUCAUGCUGGAAAGUGCUGCAGUGGUUUCCCCUGUGGCCGUACAUGAAGCUGCUCUUCUGCUGCUGGCUGGUGCUGCCCAUCUUCAACGGUGCGGCCUACAUCUACGAAGCGCACGUCCGGCGCUACUUCAAGAUCGGCAACUACGUGAGCCCCAUCUACAACGAGCGCCAGCGCCGGGUGCUGCAGAUGAUGAGCCUCGACGCGCGCAAGUCCGUCGAGCGCUUCAUCGAGACCCACGGGCCCGACGCCCUUGACAAGAUCAUCCGAGCUGCUGAAGAGGAAGCCAAGAGGACCUAGCUUAGCGUGCGCUGAACUGAAGGGAUUCGAUUCAUAGUUUCAGAUGAAGCAAUCUGAAUUGUUUCGGGUGAAAACCGAAGCAGUCUGAUGCCUGCCGUGGAUGUGGAUGGGUGUAAUUCUAUCGGUUUGCAUUGUGUAAUUAUUUGUGCAGACAUGGUAUGCGUGUGUGUUUGAUCAUUAUUACAUCGGGCUUGCCAACAGUUCAAGAAAAGAUGCCAUGAGUCCAUGAGAGCAUGCAUGGUUUGAAUGAAGCUGCAAAUUUGGUGGUGUA